AUGGAAAACGUUGCCAACACAUUCCGCAGAUCACUUGCUAGACCUAAGCCGACUAUUAUCAUCCCACCUCUCCCCAAUCCGUUUACACGAACACUGACACCGCCUACAACUUCUCCUCCAUUGACGCCAGUGACUCCUUCUACUCCAACGCCAACCGCAGAAUUUCCCUCGGGCACGUUUCGGUCACUCAACACACCAAAAGCUUCGCAUGUGUCUCAUAAUCCUUUUGAAUUCCCGGAGGGAGAAGAGAUCAUCUCGGUCUCAACCCAUCCAUGCGAACCAAAAGACGACCUCGGGCUCCUCACACCACCACUCACGCCUCCCAGCAUCCAGCUAGCCAACCUUCCAGACUGCCUUUGUCCCAUUGCUAGAUGUGAUUCCCGGUCUUUCGGGAUAUGUGUUGGUGCACCAGUGAAGGAUAUAUUAGCAGGGUCGAGUCGAAGUUUAACGGGUAGUAGUAGAAAGAGAAAACGGGAGGAACAGGAACAGUGGUGCUCAUCAGCAUCGGGAAACGACCACGAGACGAGCGAUCAACAUAUCAUUCCCGCUCAUGCGCCCAAGGUCGCCCCUUGUAACGACUGUCUAGACGACGACGAAUCUCUUCUUUGGGGCAGAUGUGAUAACAAAGGCUGUUGGUCGCGUUGUUACGAGCCCAAGCGUAAUAAAUCCAAGAACUCGAAAAAACAUUCCUCGAACGCAGAUCAACAAGUCCGGGCAUCCCCGGAGAUCGCUCUCAUCUGCCCCGAUUGUUCACCCGAAGGAGCGCUUUGA